AGCAGAUCGUUGAAAAGUCGGACCGACGUCCUCAAGUAUCAUGGCAACUUUAGUCCAGCUACUGGUCUUCGCAUGUCUUCUUCUAGCAGUUUCAUGUAGUGUUUGUUACGAUGAUCUUGGAUGUUUCGACACUUCGAUGGCGUGCCAUUGGAGAAACCCUAGCUCUCCUGCCGACAUAGGAACCACUUUCAAGCUCUAUACCAGACAGAAUAGAUACUCAGGCGAUGUCCUGGAUCGUACGGACGACGCUACGAUCACUUCAUCGAAUUUCGAGUCGAGUCUCGAUACCAAACUCAUCGUCCACGGUUGGACUGAUAGUAUGACUGGAGAUAGCUGGAUCGACAUGAGGGAUGCCCUACUUGAUAACUACGACAUCAACGUCGUGAUGGUUGACUGGUCCGACGGUGCCAAAAUGUUCUACACGAAGAGCAGAGCUAAUACUCGCGUGGUCGGCAGGGAGAUCGCUAAGCUCAUUGAGGCUCUCAACGCAGCUACGGGUGCUACCUUCGGCUCCAUGCACAUCAUUGGUCACAGCCUGGGGCGCUCACAUCGGUGGUUACGCCGGAGAGGCAUGCACGGGCACCAUUGGCCGAGUAUCAGGCCGGGACUGGAUCCCGCAGGUCCAGAAUUCGCUGGUGAUCUUGACAAAUCCUGUCGUCUGGAUAACACAGACGCCAACUUUGUCGAUGUCAUGCACACAGACGGUGAAAUCCUGAUACUCGGCGGGCUUGGACUAAUGGAUGAGCUUGGACAUCAGGACUUCUAUCCCAAUAACGGGCAAGAAAUGCCUGGUUGUGAAGGAAUUUCACCAACUUGUGAUCACCUCAAGGCCGUCGAAUACUUUAUCGAGAGCAUCUCAUCAACGUGUUCAUUCACCGCUACGAAGAAAGGUUCGACCUGGGACGACCUCGACGAUGGUCUCUGGACAUCGUGCACGAGCUCCACCUGCCCUCAGAUGGGGUACAAGGCGGACCUUAGCAAGGGGCAGGGGGCAUUCUAUCUUGAGACCAACGCGGAUAGUCCUUACUGCCAGUAAAAUGCGUAACUAUGGUACAACGUCAUGC